AUGGUUGUUCAACUAGAGUGGCUAACAGAUCCAGGAUGGCCUUAUCUAAGACAGAUGCCAGAUGAGGCAUUAAAAGAACAAGCUGCUCGGAAGUUUGACAACAAAACACAUACUUGGAUUCCAGAUCCAGAUGAUGGAUUUUCGAUUGCUGAAAUUAUGGUUGCAGAAGGACCAACAUUAUCAGUUAAAUUAUCAAAUGGUUCAACAAGAAAAAUUUCAAAAGAUCAAUGUCAAGAAAUUAAUCCAUCUAAAUUUGAAAAAACAGAAGAUAUGGCUAAUCUUACAUUUCUUAAUGAGGCUUCUGUUCUUCAUAAUUUAAGAGAAAGAUACAGUUCCAUGAUGAUAUAUACAUACUCUGGAUUAUUUUGUGUUUUUAUUAAUCCUUAUAAAAUGUUACCAAUUUAUACAGAUUCUGUUAUACAAAUGUAUAAUAAUCAAAGACGUAGUGAAAUGCCACCACAUUUGUUUGCAGUAUCUGAUGAGGCAUAUCGUAAUAUGAUAACAGAUAAACAAAAUCAAUCUAUGUUAAUUACUGGUGAAUCUGGUGCUGGAAAAACUGAAAAUACUAAAAAAGUAAUUGCAUAUUUUGCUAAAAUUGGAGGUUCUGAUGAACAAAAAAUUAAUCCAUUAAAAAAAACUGUCUCAUUUAGUGAUUUUCCAGUAGGUGGUUCACUAGAAGAUAAAGUUGUUCAAGCAAAUCCAGCCAUUGAAGCUUUUGGUAAUGGUAAAACUAAUAGAAAUAACAAUUCAUCUAGAUAUGGAAAAUUUAUAAGGAUUCAUUUUGACAAAAAUGGUAAACUUGUUGGAGGUGAUAUUGAAAGUUAUUUACUUGAAAAAAGUCGUGUUAUAAAACAAGGUCCUGGAGAACGUAGUUUUCAUAUAUUUUAUCAAAUAAUGACUAACAAAAAAUUACGUAAAGAAUAUUUACUUUCAAAUAACAUCAAAGAUUAUCACUUUGUUUCCCAAGCUGAAGUUACAGUUCCAGGCAUGAAUGACACAGAAGAAAUGUCAAUUACUGAUAAUGCUUUUAAUGUAAUGGGAUUUGCUGGAGAAGAGAAGAAUGAUCUUUAUAAAUUAUGUGGAGCUAUAAUGCAUAUGGGAGAGAUGAAAUUUAAACAAAAACCAAGAGAGGAACAAGCUGAGGUGGAUUCAAUGAAUGCUGUAGAUAAUGUUUGUAAACUUUUCUCUAUAAAUGGAGAAAAAUUUAUACAAGCAUUAUUGAAACCACAAGUUAAGGUUGGUACUGAAUGGGUUUCUAGAGGACAAAAUCUUCAACAAGUUGAAUGGUCUGUUCAGGCAUUAGCUAAAGCCAUUUAUGCUAGAAUGUUUAAAUGGUUAAUAGAUAGAUGUAAUGAAACAUUAAGUACUAAUUUAAGUGAAAGUGUUAAUUAUAUUGGUGUACUUGAUAUUGCUGGUUUUGAAAUAUUUGAUACAAAUUCUUUUGAACAAUUAUGGAUAAAUUUUGUAAAUGAAAAAUUACAACAAUUUUUUAAUCAUCAUAUGUUUGUUCUUGAACAAGAAGAAUAUCAAAGAGAAGGAAUUUCAUGGGAAUUUAUUGACUUUGGUCUUGAUCUUCAAAAUUGUAUUGAUCUUAUUGAAAAACCGCUUGGAAUUAUUUCAAUGUUAGAUGAAGAAUGUAUUGUACCAAAAGCUACAGAUAUGACAUAUGCAGAAAAAUUAAAAAAUCAACAUUUAGGAAAACACUCUAAUUUUCAGGCUGCAAAACCACCUCGUGGUAAACAAGGUGAAGCACAUUUUGCAAUAAUUCAUUAUGCCGGAACAGUUCGUUAUAAUGUUGUUGCAUGGUUAGAAAAAAAUAAAGAUCCAUUAAAUGAUUCUGCUGUAGCUGUACUUAAAACAUCAGAUAAAAAUAAUCUUAUAUAUAAAAUUUUUGAAGAUUAUCAAACAGAAGCUGAUCGUGAAGAAGCACAUCAACGUGGAAAAGAAUUAGCAAGAAAAAAAGGAAAAUCAGCAUCAUUUAUGACUGUUUCAAAUAUUUAUAAAGAAUCAUUAAAUAAUCUUAUGUGUAUGCUUCAUACAACUCAUCCACAUUUUAUUCGUUGUAUCAUACCAAAUGAAAUUAAAAAAUCUGGUGAAAUUGAUGCUCAAUUAGUUCUUAAUCAAUUAACAUGUAAUGGAGUUUUAGAAGGAAUUAGAAUAUGUAGAAAAGGAUUUCCUAAUAGAAUGUUAUUUGAUGAUUUUAAAUAUCGUUAUGCUAUUCUUGCAGCAGAUGAAUCAAGAUUACCAGAAAUUAAGAAUGCUUGUAGUAAAAUGAUGGAUAAACUUGUAAAAGCUAAAAAGAUUAAAGAAGAAGAUUUUAGAGUAGGAGAAACAAAAGUUUUCUUCAAAACUGGUAUCUUAGCUAAACUAGAGGAAUAUCGUGAUGCUGCUUUAUCAGUCAUAAUACUAAAAUUCCAAGCUCAAGCUAGAUUUUAUCUUGCUCAAAUUGAAUUAAAAGAAAGAGAAAGAAAAAUUAAUGCUAUUAUUGAUUUACAAAGAAAUAUAAGAAGAUGGAUCAAAAUUGGAAAUUGGAAUUGGUAUAAAUUAUAUAUAAGAUUAAAACCAUUAAUGGUUGGUUUUAAGACUCAAGAAGAAAUGGAAGCUUUAGAAAGAAAAAUAAAAGAAAUGGAGGAAAUGUUAGCUGCAGCUAAUGAAGAAAAUAAAAAAAUAAAAGCUAUACAAAAUGAGACUGUUAAAAGAGAAGAGGAAUUAAAAAUAAAUAUACAAAAUGAACAAAAAGAAAAACAAAUGUUUGAUAAGAAAAUAAAAGAAUAUGAAGAAGCUUUAGAAAAAGAAAAACAAAUUAAUAUAGAAAGAGAAAACAAAGCUUUAGAAAGAGAAGCUAAAAUAGAACGUGAAAGAAAACGUUUAGAGGAAGAAAUAUUUCGCCAAAAACAGGAAAUGGAGACCAUGACAAUGAAGCAUACAAUUCAACUAGAAGAAUUAACUCAAAAAUUGUUACUCCAAGGUGACAUAUCUGAACAAAUGAAUCAACAAAGAAAGAUUCAAGAACAGGCUAAACUUGAAUUGAUGGAUGAAUUAGAAAGAAUGGGAAAUAAGGUUGAACAUUUAGAAAAACAAAGAAUAAAUUCAUUGGAGGAAUUAAAUAAAUUUGAAGAUAAAAUUAAUAAUGAAAAAAAAUUAAAAGAAGAACAGAUAAAAUUGAGAAAAAAAUUAGAAAAUGAAAUAAAACAAUUGAUAGAUAAAAUAGAAUUAUUACAAAACAAAAAUAAUGUUUUGGAGAAAGAAUUGAAGGAGAGGUAUGAUGAAUCUGUUCGAUUAAAAAAUAAAAAUUUCUCUGAAAUAACCUUAAUUUCUAAAAUGCAAACUAACAUUCGCCAACUUAUUGAACGUAUCAGUCAAAUAGAGGAUGAAUUAGAUAUUGAAACACGUGCUAGAACCCGUGCAGAGAAAAGUAAAGCUGAUCUUCAAAGAGAGUUAGAUGAUGCAUUACAAACGAUUACAGAAUUGACAGGGCAACUUAAUGCUCAAAUGCAUAUAAAUAAAAAUAAGCAACUUGAAUUGGCUGGUCUUCAACGUGAAAUGGAUAAGAAACACAUUGGAUUUGAGACACAUUUAUCUGAUUUAUGUUCAAUGCAAUUAUCUACCUUAAAUAACUUAAGAAAAUUAAGUACACAAGCUAAAUUUUUAGAACAUGAAACUAAUAUGGUUUUGGAACAUAGAAAGCCAUGUGAAAUAAAAAGAUCAUAUUCUUUAACAAAUUAUGAUGAUGACAAAGAAUAA